AUGAUACUAAGCAAAAGAAGGACUAUUGUUGUUGUGCUUGUCUUUUCUUUUCUGGUUGUGGUCAUUCGGGUUGGAGUGGAGUUAAAGAAGGAAAGGACUAUGCUUGACUGUGUCCUUGCUGAAGAUGUGGUAGUAAUGCCUUGUAAAGCAAUACUGAAGGCUUGUGCAAUGUCCCUUCCUGAACUCAGUGAGACAUUUACAAUCAUGGAAUUUGAUUCAUCUGUGCUUUGGCUCCAAGUUCCUAGAUGUUAUUCCCUUCCUGGGAGCUGGUUUCUGUUCUCUAAUGUCAUAAUGGUUUAUGAGAGAUACUGGAAGCAAGGAGUGAAGCUGUCACAACCUGUGGCAGUUGGAGGCUGUGGAUCAAGCAUGGGUGAUUGCCGUUCAAGCACGGGUGAUUGCAUCGACAUGUUUUCUCAUAAAAAUUGUUUGUUCCGAGGAAUCCGCGUUACAUGCACCGCCGCCCUCCUUCAGGAAGAAACCGAUAUCAUGUGGCGCACAUAUUUUACUUUUGAAGACGCCGACUGA